GCUCUAGAGCCUUCCUGAAUUGUUCCUGAGCAGGGGGGGUUGGAAUAGACCACGUCCCAGGGUCUCCUUCCCACUCUGACCUUUGAGGAUGCGAUGGCAAACUGCAGCGGGCUCUUCUGAAAGGCCUCGUGCCUUAGAAGGCAGCGUAGUAGACCACCCAGGGGGGGUCAGCAGUCAGUUGCACCCCACCCCACCUGCCUGCACACCUUUUUUGUAGGUACGUAUCCUGCUCAUUCCAUCCAGGAUAAGGCGGUGAUUCCAUGGACAGGAUCCCUGAGGCAGGGUCCAGCCUGGUUGGUUCAAUGGAGAGACGAUCCAAACGGCCAAAAGAAGACAGGAAAGAAAAUCUGGGCAGUGCGUUUCUGCCAAUUCACAGAUACCGGAGGAAACUGGUUGAGGCUGUUCGAGACAAUUCAUUCCUUGUGGUGACUGGCAGGACGGGGAGUGGGAAAACCACCCAGCUUCCUAAGUACUUAUUUGAAGAAGGUUUUGCCAAGCAUGGGGUGAUUGGCGUCACGCAGCCACGGCGAGUGGCAGCCAUGUCUGUGGCCCAGCGGGUGGCGGAGGAGAUGAACUGCCCCCUGGGGAGCACCGUGGGGUACCAGGUGCGCUUUGAGGAGUGCAGCUCCGAGGAGACGUCAAUCAAGUACAUGACCGAUGGCUGCUUGCUGAGGCAGAUCCUGGCCGACCCGCUCCUCGCCAAGUACAGCGUGGUGAUCCUCGACGAAGCCCACGAGCGGAGCCUGAGCACGGAUAUCUUGUUUGGCUUGCUGAAGCAAGCCUUCCACCAGAGAGAGUCUCCCGGCAGGAAGCAGCCCCUCAAGGUGGUGGUGAUGUCAGCCACCCUGGACACGGAGAAGUUCUCCGCCUUCUUCAGCCGCUGCGUGGUGGUGGACAUCCCGGGGAGGAACUACCCGGUCGAGGAGGUCUUCUGCGGUCUCCUGGGCCCAAAGGACGCCGGAGGCUCUGCCUAUGUUAUGGAGACAGUCAGAGUGACCUUGGACGUCCAUUUGAACCGCCUGGCUGGAGAUCUCUUGGUUUUCCUGACAGGUGCCGUUCAUGCCGUUCUGGAGGCUGCAUGCUGGAAGAAGGGGCCUCCCUUGUUCCUAGGGCAGUCCGAGAUCGAAAGGGUCUGUGCGCUGCUCUUCCAGAAGGCCGAGGCGAUUGACUACCGCUUCGAUGUGCGCGACUGCUCCGUCGAGGGCUUGCUCAUCUUGCCGCUGUACGGGUCCAUGCCCACGGAUCAGCAAAGAAGAAUUUUCCUCCCACCUCCUCCGGGGAUCAGAAAAUGCGUGGUGUCCACCAACAUCGCUGCCACGUCCCUGACGGUGGAGGGCAUCAGGUACGUGGUUGACAGCGGGUUUGUGAAGCAGCUCAGCCAUAACCCACGAGUCGGGCUGGACACGCUGGAGGUGGUGCCCAUUUCCAAGAGUGAAGCGCUCCAGCGAACUGGCAGAGCGGGCAGGACGGCGCCUGGGCAGUGCUUCAGGGUGUACAGCGAGGAGUUCUGGGCGCAGUGCAUGCCUGACCACAUGGUCCCCGAGAUCAGGCGGACCAGCUUGACCUCCGUCAUCCUGACCCUCAAGCGCCUCGGCAUCCACGACGUCAUCAGGUUUCCCUAUUUGGACCCCCCAGAGGAGAGGCGCGUCCUGGAGGCCCUCAAGCAGCUUUACCAAUGCGGCGCUAUUGACAGGAGAGGCCGUGUGACCAAACUGGGCGAGUUCGUGGUGCAGUUCCCCCUCCCGCUGAGCCUGGCUUGUGCGGUCAUCAAGGCGGCCUCCUGGGAUUGCGACGACCUGCUGUUGCCCGUCGCAGCCAUGCUCUCGGUGGAGAACGUCUUCAUCCGGCCAGGAGAUCCUCCGAGGCAGGUGGCCGCCGAGCUGCGCCACCAGGCGCUUUCCCUGCAGGCGGGAGGAUGCAACGACUUCCUGACGCUCCUGCGCAUCUUUGAGCAGUGCAGAGCCAGUGAGUCCCCCUCAGCUUGGUGUCAAGAACACUGGAUCCACUGGAGAGCUAUGAAGCUGGCAUUUACGGUGGAAGAACAGCUGCGGGAAAUUGCCAGUCAGCUUAAACAACGGCCAGACUUCCCAAGAGAGCAUUUUGAUGGCUCCCGAAACGAGAUCCUGAGGUGGUGCCUUUGUGCGGGGUAUUUCGCCAAUGUCGCCAGAAGAUCUGCAGGGAAGUCCUUCUGCACCAUGGAUGGGCACGGCAGUACCGUCUACAUCCACCCUUCGUCCACGCUCCACGGCCAGGAAGGCCAGUUGGACUGGGUCCUCUUCCAUGACGUCCUGGUGACCUCCAAGGUGUACUUGAGGACCGUGUGCCCCGUCCGCUACGAGUGGGUGAAGGAGCUGCUGCCCAGGCUGCACGCCAUCGAUGCCUCCCAGCUCAGCAGCGUGGCGCGGGAGGAGGUGACCGAGGAGGAGGUGGAGAGCUGGAAGCACAAAGAGAGUCUCCAGAGGCUGAGCGAAAGAACGACGGGCGAAGCUGCCAAGAAAAUGGAGAAGAGGAAUGACGACCGGUCCGUCUCGGACGCCCGUGCACGGUACCUGGAGAGGAAGCAGCAGAGGACGGAGCGGGCCGACUCGUCUUCGGAGCCAAGGAGCUGAUGCAGCAUGAAGGCUGCCCUGUGUUUGCGCCAUGCAAGCCCCACCACUCGCGGUGAAGGAAAACCAGUGGUGGUGGGGACUUGGGGAGAAGGAGCCAGUUGACUCCCCACUGCUGUGCUCAGGGCAGGGAGGAGAGGCAGGGCUAGUGAGUAGGAAUGUCCGUGUUGCCCCCGAACAGCAUUUGCUCAGGCACACAUCUGGAGGGGAUCUGGUGGUGCUGUGCACAGCUGGGUGUCCCUUACAUUUGGGACGACGUGGUUUCCCUCCCACAGAAGACAGUGGGGGGUCCCUCUGUCCGGGAAUUCCCUCUGCAAUGAUUCCAGAUUGGGCACUCUGGGGUGACCUCUUUGGGGGCCAAAGUGCUGUAGAGGGCAGCGGUGGGAGCUAGGACCCUGGAGAUUCUGAGCUGUCACCUGGAAGUCAUUUCCUCCUGGUCUUUGUGGAAUAGAUUCCGGUUGUGGCGGUCUUAUAGAGAGAUCAAGCUCAUUGUUGUCACCGCCAAAAGUGUGGGCAGGACUAUUGCAGCAAGUUUAAAGCCUUGGGUCCCCGGUGGGCAUGGGGCCGCAUUUCUCAUCACCCUCCAGCCACCGUGGCCAAAGGCUGAUGGGAGUUGUGAUCCCACCACAGCUGGGCUGGGAUGUUGGGAGUCCCUGGUGUAAAUAAACCCCGAUGGGUUUCCUUGCUUCACAAACACUAUUUGUCGGAGGAAAGUGUCUCUUGGGGUUCCUCUGGGUGGUGCAUGUUGAAACCGUGGCUGGCCACGUUCCCUUUUUCUUUGAGCACAGCGAAGAAGAUCUAAGAAGCAAGUUCAAACGCUUUUCUUAUGUCCUUCAGUUUGUUCUCUUCUGCAGUGUGAUUAGAUCAAUGGUGGUAUUUUGUUUCUGCUCUAGAAUUGUAAAAUGCUCUUCUCUUUGGUGUAAAAAAGAAAACACCACCACCCAGAUUUUAUUUUUCUACAUUUGCUAUAUAAAUCCUGAAACUGAG